GACUCGGAGGCACUCCCUCGAGCGACGCUCUCCGCUGUUUUAAAUUCGUAUUUUAAAAACAUUUAGUCCCCCGGAGCUCAGUCGAGAAGCUUGAACGAUCAUCAUUCUCGGGUGGUUCGGUUCGGUCGUCCGUCGCCGGAUGUUCGAUCCUCGAUCGUCGACAAUCAAUCGAUAAUCCCCCCUGCGGCGCGAUCAUUUUACGCGCGACUUUACGCCUCGUUAAUCGUCGGAGUCCCUCCGAUCCGCGGUUUCCUUCCUCGAGAUCCUCUCCGAUAAACGUUCAAUCUCGAGCCGACGCGGUGGCCUUUCGAAUCGAGCGCUUUGAGCCAGUUCAUGUGCGUUCAUAUUUUUUUCAGGACGACAAGCUUGCGCUCCCCUUUCCAUAGUUUUUGACUCGAGUGCUCCGGCGGCAUGUUGACCCGGCCAAUUGUGCAGUGUGACGAGAGUGCCGAGCAAGAUCGCGGCUGACUUUCAACGAUGCGACGAACCACAAUGGUCUUCGCGGCACCAUCAUUUCUCACGGUGUGCUGGGCUCGCGCGCCAAUUCCGAGCCACGAAAAGAGUGCGUCCGGAUGAUUUUUUCGAGCGUUUCAAUCGGACGGAGGCUGUUGGAAAUCCGGAGGAAAAAGAUGAGACUGUGAGUCCUCGUUUGCUUGUGAUUCGAGAGCGUCGCGAUUUCGUUGUUUUCGCGAGCAGCGCCCACCGACCCAAUUUAUCUUCAAUUUUGCCCACCGACGCGAAAGAUCCGUUGAGAAGAUCCAUUUUAAAAUUCGUGCUCCAAUUCAUUCGAAAGAUUAUUCGGACACCGGGGCAUGAAGGUUGACGAGAGCCUCUUCGUUGCUCGUGCCACGAUCAGCGCUCGAGAGCGCGCUCGGGUCCUGGCAAUGUAAUCACACCGACCCUGAACCGAUAAACUUGCGCUCGCGGCCCGACGGAAAAAGGGAGCGAAAAGGGCAAGUAAUUAGGUCGAUGUCGACGAGGCGACAAAGUUCAGAGAAAAAAACUCCAGAAAAAAGUCCAUUUUUCAAUCACGAAAGAUCGCAAUGCCAGAGAAUCUUAUGCGGUUCGAGCAUGGUUUGACGUCGAGAUAAUCAGCAGCGACGCCGGUAGAGCAGGAGUGCAAGGAUGCCUCAGGGCAGUGUUCACUGGCAAGGGACACAGAGGAGAGCUUGCGGUCCUGGUGCAAACUGGAACGUUCAGGUCGUUAGAGGAAAAGUUACGACGCGAUGCAUCUGGCACGCUUGCAGGGCACUUGGAAUUGGACUGCUGCUAAUGCUCCUCGGCGCUUGCAUGGCCACGAUAGGGUACUAUGCAGAUCAACUGUCAGUCGCACAGGAGAUUCGUGGCAAUAUUACGGUCAAGGUGAAGAACGAGUCCCGCGGCUUCCACCUGAACAAUCUGAGCUACGCCGGGCCCAUUGUCAUGGGAGUCGGAGGCUUCAUCGUCGUCGCGGCGUGCGUGAUGACGUUCGAGGCUCGCGACAGCGCAGCGAAAGUCGUACCGGCGCGUUUCCGUUUCAAUCAAGGCUCGACCCUGAAGAAUCGUAAUCAACGAAGCCGUCGCUCGACUUCGAGCCAGACGACCAAGUGGGAUCACCAGUUCGGCCUCUUCCGAGUUAAUCGAACUCCGAGCCCGAGCGCACAGGAGAUUUACCGGAAACAGCUCACCGCCGAAUUCCUCCGAUUCUCCAAGAAUCUACAGGACAAAGGCUUACCGACGAAUCCGAUAAAGAAGAGUCCGAGCGCACCCUCAUUGGUCACCAAGAAAUCACCGGGCAGCCGGAAAGCCCCCAAGUACGCUGGCUGCGCGCUCCUCAAUCCGGAACUCCUCCAGCGACAAGCCUUGUCCGUUGACAAUCCGGGAUACAGUCCCCCCCAGCAUCGAUCCAACGGCGAUAGCAGCGAGCAGAACAAAAUCAACGGAAGUCAGGUCUCGAUGGCCAUGGAUCUUCACAUACCGAACAAAGGACCGGUCACGCUCAAGGUUAAAGAUCGCUCGGACACGGCGCGGAGACAUCAACUCCUGAGACAGACGAAAAUUGAGGAUGUCGAGGAGGCACCCGCUCCGGAAGAUCCGAAGAAAAGUCACUCGAAGAAACCGCAGCAAGACGCUGCGAACUAUUCUUGGAGCGCUUACAGCCGAUAUCCCGACGACUUUUUACCCCGGAAACGGAGCUCCAUCGACGUCAGAACCUCCGAGGAACUCGGCCUCUUACCGACACCCGGCGGGAGCUGCUCACCUCGCGACUUUCGCAAAAUUUCGUCCCCCAACUUUCGCAAUAUGUCAUUCGACAGGAUCGGAGGGGAACGCAGAAUGGAAAAGUCGCUUGGAAGCCGCAAAGCGAGUCUCGAGUUCAAGAGAAGUCCGGACUUCCGCAGGGCCGACUACAGAUGUAUGUUGGACGACGGUGACAUGAGAUCGCGAGCGAACACCGGGGAGAGUGUGCGCCGUCAGAGGCAGCCAAAACUUUACCACUCGAGAUCAGACGACACGAGACGCAGGUCGUUCGACAAGCACAGAAGGGAUUCGCAACAGGCGAGCAGACAUUCGCUCAAUACUCAAGUGGUGCUGGAGGGUUGCGGCCCCGAGUACGAGCUCAAGUACUUCGCAACGCCCUCGAACGAAACGAAUCUACAGGAUAAUCGAGCCAAUUCGGACGAGAGUCAUCACGUCGUUGAGAUUAACUUGGACGCCUGCUCCAACACUAUUACGCCCGAACAAAUAUCUGUCGAGAGCGAUGCUUUGUUGGAAGAACCCGAACUCGAGAAUCUAACGGACCCCGAAGACGACAGCAGCGACGAGGACGACGACGACGACGACGUCGGCCAAGAGAUCGAUGAAGGAAGCUCGAAACUUCAGACUCAAAGUUCUAAGGGCUCUUGCAAGAAACGUCUCGUCACUCAGCAAACUGUCUUGCACGUCGAUCUCGAAUAAUUCGAUUUUUCUCUCGUUUCGUCAUCGGGAACGAGUCGUGAAUUGCGACGGCUCUGAGGAGACGCAAUUUUUCUUGUUAAUUUUUUGAAAUUUUGAACUUUCUUGGAAACUCGCGAGCUUCCAUUACUUUUUGCUCACUCGACCGAUCCUGUUUCGAUGAAACUUGUCGCAAGACUGCUUAGUCCUCGCGGACAAUCUUUCUCGGUGUACUCCGAAGCACGAGCACGAGGGCACAGCAGGGAAACUGUCGAAAUCUCGUGCCGUCGAGUGCAGCUGGAUUUCUAGUUUUUGCAGGAGCUGUCCAAACUUUUUUACUUUCUUAAGAAAUGGAACUUUCUUUUCGUGAUUUAUUUGAAGCACAAAACGAAAGUUGGUUAAAAUUUGAAGGAAAAUCAAGUAUCUAGGCCUGGGACGGCCUAGAAAUUUUGAACACAAAUAUUUUUUAAGCUCGCUUUUGGAGUCGCGCGAAUCUCGCAAUGAUGGAUGUGCGAGUCUCACGAUGAGAAAGAAAAAAGUGAAAGACCCGAGAAAAUCGUGAAAACUUGGCGACUCCACAAGGGCGAAUUCGAAGCGAUAAGUUCAUCGAAAUGUUGCUCACUCCCAUCUUACAAUGACAGAAAAAAUAAUCUUCGUCGCGAUCAACGACAUCCACCCGAAGUUCCGAUUCUUCGUUAAAUCGAAAUUAUUUCGAUAUUCAUCGGCGCAAUGUUCCGCGCCGAUAGAAGCCUGAUUAACGAGACACUUUAGAAAAAACGCUCGGGAAUCCCGUGGAACGAGCAUCGUUGUUAUUGGAGAAAAACAAGCGUAGGAAGAACGUGAAAUUUUUCGAAUUGCGUUUUCUAAUGCGACAAUCAUCCAACGAGCUGGUCUCGUUUUACCUAACUCAACAGUACGUUUUCAAUGGACCGCAUCGACAGCCGUCGGCAGGAGAAGCAGGUGAGACAGCUCCGAAGAUUUCCGACGACGAAGCACGUCGAUCUCGGGGGCUUUUUCGUUUCAGUCAAUCUACCUGAAAAACAAGAUGAGCAGGGUGUUUCAUCUCUUUAUCGAUAAAAAUCAUCUCGGCCUACAGCUUUCACGACUCCGUUGAAAAAAAAAACCCACAAAAUCCCAUCACAUUUGUAUUUAACUGAGAAAAAACCAAUUCGGAAACUGCUCCGAUGGGUCUUCGUCUUUCCCAGCAAUCGUUCUGACAUUGAGUAAAAAAAAUAGCUCUAAACUCGUUGCUUUCUGCAGACAAGAAAGAUUUUUGUAUGUAUUUUGACUGCAGUGGACAAGGAAUUGGAGGAAUCGUCAUUUCGGACUCGUUUCUGAGUUUCACAUAAGCUUUCGUUCGUCGAAUAUAUUUUUGUAUGAAGCAACGCUUUCUGAUACUUCGACUCGAAGUUAGUGUGUGCAAGGGGACGAAAAUUCGAUCGAUGUUUUGUUGAUUUCGAGUACCCGAAUCGUGCGUGCCAAUUUAGCUGUCGUUGCCGAUCCAUUCGCACUCUCCGCGUUGUGUUUUCUCGUUGCUAAACUAUAUUGAUACUUUGAAAACAGGAGGAAGAUAAAAAUCUAUUUAUACAAGUGUUCCAAACUGUACGAGGCUUUCUAGGGGAGUGAAAAUUUUACCAUCACUCGAAGCCAAACUUUCUUAACGACUUCUACACCGUAUUUAUACACGCUGAGCCAAAUUCGAGGGAAAUUCGAACUGAAGCUCGGUCUCAGCUGUCGCAGUCUACUUAGAACAUAUCAAAUUAGAAGCUAAAAUUUUCAUAUGAAGUCUUCCAAGUUAAAAACUCUCGUUUUUUCUCGACAAAUCGAUGACUCCUGAGACUAAAGUUGCAUCUCAUGCCUCUAUUUCUAUACACCCAAUUGCUAUGAGCGAUCUUUACUCUUGUUGGUUCUUUGGAGGUAGUGCAAGUAAGGAGAGCAUUUAAUAACGUCGAGUUUUUUCAACGGACCUCCAAGUUCUCGCACGAGAUACUGCGAAUUAAAUUUUAUUCGUUCCAAUAAAAUUUAUCGGGCCUGGAGGACACACGACUGGCGGGCAAUCCGCUCGAGGCAGUCGAUCAAAUUUAUGGACCUUUCAUCCACUGUAUUCGUUAUAUCCCUGUUGGACAGAUUCGCCCGUUAACACCCUCGAAAUCAUUUAUUGAAAUGUUUUUUCCUCUGUCAGUAUAUUUAAGCGUUUGUAUCGAAAUUUCACGAAUGAAAUGUUCGAAUAGCUCGGGUGCUAAUUCGAGUAGAAAAUCGUUGAGAUGUUUUAUCCCUUACAAAAUUAUUUUUUAUCCUCCAUUCGAAAAUCAUUCGAAUAAUUAACUGCAAUUUGUUUGCAAUUGAAUUCAUCAAUUGGUUAUAAAAUUCUCGAAGAAUCUUCAUUUCAACUGAUGAUUGACAAAAUCCUUUCCCUCCAUCGUUCAUUUGUCUAGAAAAUCGUUGAGCAACGAGCUCGUUUUGGAGGGCUUGACAACUCGAGUAAUCACACUCCAAAGAAGAGCGUUCGACAAUCCAGUGAGAUAACGUAAUUUCCAAUUAAAAAUCUCGAGAUAACGUAGCGUAAUGUUGUUAAAUAAAAUUUGAAAAAUGCUCUCAUUACUUGGCGGGUCUCCCGAAAUAUACAGUCUUUGUACGAAUCUUUUUGAAGCGAUAAGAGCAGUGAAUAUGUCGUUGAAAUCACACGUGUUUACGAGCCACCCUUUUGCGAGGUGCAUAUAAUCGUUAUAAAUAUAUAAAUUGUAUACGUAAAUGACCGUAAAUAUGAGCAUGAAAAAACGUAUAUCCAAAGAAAUUUAUUAUAAGUAUAUACAAAUAAUGAUAAAAAUAAACAAUGUGGAUUGUAAGAAAAAGAUAAAAAAAAAAACAAAAACAUAAUUGAGCUGUGAUGUAAUCGUUCGUUGUUAAGAAAAAGUGGUUGAAAAAGUGUGUAUUCGACCAUAUAAAUAUACGAGUUAAGCACUGUACCAGAAAUUGGGUCAGGGACGAUUUGAAGUUGAUUGAAUCUCGAUGUGAAUCAUUGUUCCAAUGGAAAUUUGAGAUUUCUUUUGUUAAGUGUGAUCAAAAAGUACGCUCGAUCGACUCGUAGAACGAAUGUGAUGAGCCUGCUUUUGCGAUCGUUAAAUAAUAAUACGCUGUCUCGAAACGACGACAACAACAACAGCGAAAGGAGAGAAGAAAAAAAAUGGCACGUUAAAGAAAAGCGGAGUUUUAUUGCUGAUCCGGCGAAACGAAAAAUCACUCGAAUUAUUGUGAAACAUUGCCCCGUUCGUCCCGAUGAAAUUGUAACCCACCCGCAUGCUCGUUGUUGUGACACGUCAAUAAAAAAACGAGAUCUGUUGAGCCUCGUUUACGUUGAUUCAAA